CACCUUGUGUCAUUACGUCACUAGCUAAUCUUGACUCAAGGAAACAUGGCGGGGUCAGCGGGCGGUCUGCGGUCACACACCCCGCUCACCUAGCUUGGUUACCAGGCUUCUCCGAUCAUCGGUAACGGCGUUCAUCUCGACCUUGACGACGUCGUCGUCAUGGAUUUGACACGGUUGGCAGCAGACGCCGGCCAGUUCAUCAACCGGGCGGUCCAGUACACGGGGGAGAGUCUCGGCCAGGCCGGCAAGACCGAUCUCGACCCCGGGCUGGAGGAGCUCCUGACCCGGGUGGAUGCCACUAAGAAUUGGACGGACCUCAUGGUCUCACAGACGGAGGCCGUGUUGCAGCCCAACACAGCGGCGCGGCUGGAAGAGCGUCUGUACGAGCAUCUGGACUGGCCCGCCCCGUCUCGACCUCGCGCUCAAGAGCUCCUGGGUGACCAAAUGAUUCAGGCCGGGCUGGAGCUGGGAACCAGCAGCCCUUAUGGAACGUCGCUUUUGAGAUGUGGCGAGGCUCAAAAGCAGCUUGGCGAGGCCCAAAGGAAAUUUGCCCAAAGCACCAACAUCCAUUUUCUCACCCCUCUGCGACGCUUCAGCACAUGUGAAUACAAGACCAUGCAGGAGGAGCGCAAGAUGUUGCUGAACAAGCGUCUGGACUUGGACAUAGCCAAGAGCAGAGUGAGGAGUGCUCAUGAGGCUGAACAAGAGUCCAGGAACCUGAACGCAAACAACCCGACGGAGGACGUCUACUUCUCGUCUCAGGUGUCCUUCAUGUUCAGAUUCAUGCGCGUUCGCUGGAUGAAGAUGUGGGCGCAGGAGAUUUCGCAAGCAGAGAUGGAGCUAAGGAUCUGCGAGUCUUUGUUUCAACGCCAGUCGGAUGUCACGCAACAGCUUCUGGGACAAAUUAGCGACACCCACGACAAGCAUAUGCAGAGCCUGAGCGACUUUGUGGACGCGCAGACAUGUUACUACGCCCAGUGCAAGCAACACGCCCUGGAGCUCCACAAACAGUUGGCCAGCAUCCCGGCCGUGCUGUGCUCCAACAAGUGGCAAUCGUCCAUCACCAACGGGGCACCUCACUGUCCGCACCCUUCCGCCGAACAAAAUCAAGUUCCUCCCACCUCCGCUGUUGUCGUCCACCACCUUCCGGAAUUCGACCAAGACUCUUGGACGACAGGAGUGAGCACUAACAACAACAACCACCGGGAGCCUGAUCACGCACGUCCAUCAGAAGAAGAAGAUCCUCCAUCUUGUGAGCCCGUCGCGUCUUCCAACUAAUUUCAACGCUGCCAUCUUCCCCUCAUUGUGGCCAAACAAGUGAUGGACAGGUGAACUACUUCUUCUUGCUACUUUGGGACAGAGACGGCAUUUUUAUAUAUUUGACCCUAAGUGUACCUAAUGAAGUGUCCUAACCAUUCCCCAAAACAGGGGCACAGUUGAGCUCAUUUUCCACCUUGUUUUUGCUUUCCCAAGCCAAGUAGGGUGAAAUUGGAUCGUUACACAAACACCCCCCCGCUCAGGGGUCCCAAUUGGACGAUUCAAGUCCCAUAUGUUGUUCAUUUUCACCUCAUAGAGGCCAUUUUGUGUGUAAUGGGAAUAUUGUAGGGGGGGGGGGACUCAUGAGGUGUAGAUGAUG